CCUUCACCACUUAUUUGCGAUCGUAGAUUUCAACCAUUUGAAAACACUCCAGUUCAAUAUUAAAUUAAAAACGGACACAGUUACCAUAUAUAUAAAAAAAUAACAAUCAUGGAACUGCCAGACAAUUGGGUUAUACGACAUUCUCGUACAUAUGAUAAAGACUACUACUUCAAUAUGGUAACAAAAGAGUCACGUUGGGAUUCCCCUAUAACGCCAAACCAGAUAGAAAGAGUGCGGGCUAGUCAUUUGUUAGUAAAAAGCAGAGAAUCCAGAAGACCGAGUUCUUGGAGAGAGGAACACAUCACUAGGUCCAAAGAAGAGGCGUUGGAGCUUUUGAAAGAAUAUCAAAGAAAAAUUGAAGCUGGUGAAGAAACGCUAUCUGCUUUGGCAACUCACUAUUCUGAUUGUCCUAGCGCGAAACGCGGCGGUGAUUUGGGCUACUUCGAACGUGGACAAAUGCAAAAACCAUUUGAGGACGCUACAUUUGCCCUUCAAGUAGGAGAGCUGAGUAAACCUGUCUGGACCGAUAGUGGUGUCCAUUUGAUCUUAAGAACAGCGUAAAAAAAUGUUGAAUCAAUCUAGGUCCCCCCUUUCCCGAGUGAUCAACAAGCAAUAAAAGUCCAUCUGUAAUUUUAAAAUUAUAUUGUUCCUACAUUCUUGACUAUAAGCAUGAAAGCAAAGAAUUUAUGCUUUUCAUAUUUUACAAGCUACUUUGAGUACUGAUUUUCAGGAACCAUUGACAAACGCGCAGCGAUUACAGAAUUUUCCGGUAGUCACAGGUGGUUUCCACUCAAUGUUGGAC